AUGAAUGAUUCCGUGGGUGUUUCGAACGACACUUGGCAGUGGUACCGGGAAGUGAUCAGAUCAUGGUUGGAGGACCCUGGUGUUCUGGUCUUCGAAGGGCUGAACAUGACAGCCCUGAAGAUGGAUGAGGCAUACAUGGUGGGCUCGUCAGAGAUCGACGUCGGAGUUUACAGCGUUUCCGAUGAUUGUUUUCGGUGUCCAUUCAAGCUGCAGAGGAACAUUUCUGCUGGUGAGGAGACGGUCUGGGUGACGGGCACAGCUCGGCGGUCCACAUGGAGGGUGUACGCCAACUCUUCAGAACAAUAUGUCACUGCUGGAGAUACCUCAGGACUACUAUGUCAGCUGAGGCCGGAGAUGGGAGAGUUUGGUGUCUACAGGCUGAACGCUUCCACCGAGGGCUGUGACAUCCGUACCGUUAGAGAUCCAGUCGACAUUUAUUUGCCUCUACUUCUGCUACUAGGCGUGUUGUUGGGAAUAUGGAUCCUGUACGGCAUCAUAAAGCUGAUAAUGUCACGAGUGAGGAGGACUGGCAAGCUGAGGUAUGGAGACAAGGAACUCGCGAUACAGCAGAGGUUACGAGCACUGGACACUUUUAGAGGGAUGGCAAUAGUCUUCAUGAUCUUUGUGAACGAUGGUGCUGGAGGCUACUGGUGGCUAGAGCAUGCAACGUGGAACGGUCUCGUCGCUGGUGACCUGGUGUUCCCUGCCUUCCUGUGGAUCAUGGGUGUCUGCAUCCCUCUGUCGGUGAAGAGUGCCUUCGCCAAAGGAGUGCCCAGGUGGAAGAUUGUUAUGCACAUCGUCAGGCGAUCUAUCAUCAUGUUCCUGCUUGGCAUGUCUCUGAAUACGAUCUACGGCUCCAACAUGCUGAAUGAGCUGCGAAUCUUCGGAGUCCUGCAGCGGCUGGCAGUGUCCUACCUCAUUGCUGCUGGUUUCUACGCCCUCACCGCUCCCAAAUACUACACUCCUCCGCGGGUGAGUGGUGCAUGUGGCCAGGCACUCAAGGACGUAUUAUCAUGUGUAUGGUGCUGGGUCCUGGCUGGUGUGCUCGUGGCUGCUCAUAGCGUCCUCACCUUCGUGGUACAUGAUCCAAAUUGUCCCAUGGGUUACUUGGGGCCUGGAGGUUUACAUGAUGACUGGGUGGCUGCGAACUGCAGUGGUGGUGCAGCUGGUUACAUCGACCGUCUUCUAAUAGGUCGAUCACACGUCUUCCAGCGAAGUGACGCAAUGCGAGUCUAUGGAGGAGAACCCACGGAUCCUGAGGGACUUCUAGGAUGCCUUACAUCAGCCGUGCAAGCACUGCUGGGUGUACAAGCAGGUGCCACCGUGCUUCUACAGCGCUCCCACAAGGCUCGCAUCUCCCGCUGGCUGGCUUGGGCUCUGGUCUUCGCGCUAGCUGGGGCCCUACUCGCUGGGUUCUCAAGAGAACAUGGCGUAAUACCCAUCAAUAAAAAUCUUUGGUCCAUGUCAUUUGUCCUGGUAACAUCAGCUUGCUGCCUCAUACUUCUCUGUUUCUGCUACACUUUGACCGAUGCCUGGAGAUUUUGGGGAGGUGGUCCCUUCAGGGCUCCUGGCCUCAAUGCUAUAGCCCUAUACAUCGGCCAUUCACUCUGCGCCCAUCUGUUCCCAUUCCACUGGAGAAUCCCAGAAAUGAGGACCCAUGCAAUACGUCUUGUUGAAGCUGUCUGGGGAACUGCCUUAUGGGUCAUCAUAGCCCACAUUAUGGCCAAGAAAAAAGUCUUCGUCACACUUUGA